AGAGCUUUCAAAGUAAAUGGCAGCCAUCAUGCUCACAACUGGGACUGUUCAGAUAUAGGAUUUCAGCUGUUUUGGGGGUGUAGAUGACCUUUUCCUCCUUUCUUUUUUCUGGACGUCUUUUAGUGAGCCAACGCCCGGAAGUCUGUCCUGCCUGCUUCUGUAAUCUGGCGCUAUGCAUCCAGAUCCUUGGCCUUUACAGACACUGCUGUACCUCGUUACUCUCACGGUUCUGUGCCCUUCUGUGAAUUCAGGGUUGGCACCUUAUUUUAUUUCUGAGCCACUGUCCGCCGUCCAGAAACUUGGUGGACCCGUAGUACUACAUUGUUCUGCUAAACCUGUGACUGCUCAUAUCUCAUGGUUGCAUAAUGGAAGAAGACUGGAUAGAAACAUGGAACAGAUUAAGAUUCAUCAGGGGACUUUGACUAUCGUGUCUCUUAAUCCCUCCCUUUCGGGUUCCUACCAGUGCGUCGCCAACAAUAGCGUUGGGGCCAUUGUCAGCAGCCCUGCGACAGUAUCCGCUGCUGUUCUCGGUGACUUCAGUUCAGCAACAAAGCAUGUUAUUACAGCAGAAGAAAAGAGUACUGGUUUCAUUGGCUGCAAGGUACCAGAUAGUAACCCCAAGGCCGAGGUGCGCUAUAAAAUCCGGGGAAAGUGGCUGAAACAUUCCACAGAGAAUUACUUAAUCCUUCCGUCGGGAAAUCUUCAGAUUUUGAAUGUGUCUUUAGAAGACAAGGGAUCAUAUAAAUGUGCAGCUUUUAAUCCUGUCACACAUGAAUUAAAAGUUGAACCCAUUGGCCGAAAGCUUCUUGUGAGUCGCCCUUCUUCAGAGGAUUUUCACAUUCUGCACCCCACCCUGUCACAGGCAUUAGCUGUCCUUUCUCAUAGCCCUGUCACACUGGAGUGUGUGGUGAGUGGGGUCCCAGCUUCUGAAGUGCACUGGCUAAAGGAUGGUCAGGACGCUGUGCCGGGAAGCAAUUGGAGAAGGUUGUAUUCUCAUCUUGCCACAGACAGCAUUGACCCAGCAGACUCUGGAAACUAUUCUUGUAUAGUGGGAAACAAGUCUGGAGACAUACAACGUGUGACUUACAUGGUUAAUGUACUUGAAAAUGCUUCAAUUUCAAAAGGAUUACAGGAUCAGACUGUCUCUCUGGGCGCCACAGUACAAUUCACUUGUGAGGUUCACGGGAACCCAACUCCCAACCGUACCUGGUUCCAUAACGCGCAGCCUGUUCGUCCUUCCCCACGACAUCUCACUGCGGGAAAUGGACUGAGAAUCAGCGGCGUGACCCUGGAAGAUUCGGGGCUGUAUCAGUGUGUAGCAGAUAAUGGGAUUGGAUUCAUACAGUCUACUGGGAGACUUGAGAUUGAAAAAGGCGGCGGACUCAAGCCAGUUAUAAUUACAUCACCAGCCAGUGUGCAGGUGGUAGACGGAGACUUUGUUACUUUGUCCUGCAAUGCCACUGGAAUGCCAGUCCCAGUCAUGCGUUGGUACGACAGGCAUGGGUUGAUAACCAGCCAUCCGUCUCAAGUGCUUAGAUCCAAAUCCCGGAAAUCACACUUACGACCUGGGGGCUUUGACCUGGAGCCGAUCUACUUCAUCAUGUCCCGGGCUGGCGCGAGCUCCCUGUACAUUCAGGCUGUCACCCAGGAGCAUGCUGGGAAAUACACCUGCGAAGCUACCAACGAACAUGGCAGCGCACGGUCAGAGGCGGUCCUCUCAGUGGUUCCUUUUGAAACAAAUACAAAAGCAGGACCGGUCACAGCUUCGGGUCCCUUUCAGAAUGAUAAAAGAGAUGGUUCAGAAGCUGGAUCGUUGAGCUCCUUUCCAGUGAAGGAGCACCCCAGGGCAGUGGACUCAGCACCAGAGAAAAAUGCUAGUGGAGCCGCCGUCCCGGACGCCCCCAUCAUUCUGAGCCCUCCGCAGACCUACACAGCUGAUACGUACCACCUGGUCUGGAGGGCCGGGAAGGAUGGCGGACUGCCCAUCAAUGCCUAUUUUGUGAAGUAUCGAAAGCUAGAUGAUGGUGUUGGCCUGGUGGGAAGCUGGCACACGGUUCGAGUCCCAGGAAGUGAAAAUGAGCUCCAUCUAACAGAACUGGAGCCCUCUAGUCUCUAUGAAGUUUUGAUGGUCGCAAGAAGCGCAGCGGGUGAAGGCCAGCCCGCCAUGCUCACCUUCCGCACGAGCAAAGAGAAAACAACCUCAUCGAAAAACACGCAGGCGUCCUUACCCCCCAUGGGCGUCCCUCGGCGCCCCGUUGUUUCAGAGGCUGCGGACAACUUCGGAGUGGUCCUUACAGAUUCCUCUAGGCAUAGUGGAGUUCCAGAGGCACCUGACCGGCCUACCAUCUCCACGGCAUCGGAGACCUCUGUCUACGUCACUUGGAUUCCUCGGGCCAACGGGGGUUCUCCAAUCACUGCCUUCAAGGUCGAAUACAAACGGAUGAGGACCAGUGAUUGGCUGGUGGCCGCUGAAGAUAUCCCUCCUUCCAAACUUUCUGUGGAAGUUCGUAGCUUAGAGCCAGGUUCAACAUACAAGUUUAGGGUCAUUGCCAUCAACCAUUAUGGCGAGAGUUUCCGGAGUUCGGCGUCUCGUCCUUAUCAGGUGGCUGGGUUCCCCAAUCGUUUCUCUAACCGUCCGAUCACGGGACCUCACAUCGCAUAUACCGAAGCUGUCAGCGAUACCCAGAUCAUGCUGAAGUGGACGUAUAUUCCAUCAAGUAACAAUAAUACUCCCAUUCAAGGAUUUUAUAUCUACUACCGGCCGACGGAUAGUGAUAAUGACAGUGAUUACAAGAGGGAUGUGGUAGAAGGUUCAAAGCAGUGGCACAUGAUUGGCCAUCUGCAACCAGAAACUUCCUACGAUAUUAAAAUGCAGUGCUUCAACGAAGGGGGAGAAAGCGAGUUUAGUAACGUGAUGAUCUGCGAAACUAAAGUGAAACGCCUUCCUGGAGCUUCUGAGUAUCCCGUCAAAGACUUGAGUACCCCUCCCAGUGCUUCAGGAAGUGGACGAAACGCCGGGCCUGCAAGCAGCCCCAGCAGAAGCAGCGACAUGUUGUAUCUGAUUGUUGGCUGUGUGCUCGGUGUCAUGGUCCUCAUUCUCAUGGUCUUCAUUGCCAUGUGCCUGUGGAAGAACCGCCAGCAAAACACCAUACAGAAGUAUGACCCUCCAGGAUAUCUCUACCAGGGGUCAGAUAUUAACGGGCAGAUGGUGGAAUAUACUACUCUGCCUGGCACAAAUCGGAUAAAUGGGAAUGUUCAUGGAAGCUUCAUAAGCAAUGGCGGUCUCAGCAAUGGCUGCUCCCAUCUUCACCAUAAGAUCCCCAAUGGAGUCAGUGGAGUCAUGAAUGGGAGCUUAAACGGAGGGCUUUACUCGGGGCACACAAGCUCACUACCCAGGACACAUGUGGAUUUUGAACAUCCUCGUCACCUAGUAAAUGGUGGUGGACUGUACACAGCAGUACCCCGGACCGACCCGCUGGAGUGUGUUAACUGUCGAAACUGUCGGAACAACAACAGGUGUUUCACGAAAACUAACAGCACUUUCAGCAGCAGCCCCCUUCCUGUGGUCCCAGUGGUAACAUCUUAUCCUCAGGAUGGUUUGGAAAUGAAGCCCCUCGGUCACAUGAAGAUGCCUGCAUGCCUGGCUUCCACAGUCCCCGACUGUGGCCAGUCACCUGAAGAGGACUUCAAAGAUGACAUGGUGCCAAGACCUGCCCAGCAUACUUGCUGUCAGGACAGUAGGAGUGAAAUCAACUCUGAGUGCACAGAAGAUACAGCAGAGUUCAACAGAGGAGACAGCUGUGUCCAUUCAGAAACAGAGAACAAAAUUUUAAGUUGGAAUCCUCUUAUUUUGCCUCAUGUGUCCAAGGACUGUACUGAAAAGACCACCUGGUCUCCUCCUGGCAUUCCUUUAGACAGCCCUGCAGGGGUCCUUCAGCAACCCCAAGAGACCUGAGGGUGUGCAAACGACCAGUCAUGUUCCCACUUCAAGCCAGUAACUGCACAAAACAGGCCAGGGGAUGGACUGUGUGAAGGACAUGAAUUCAAAUCAGAGAAAAUCAUUAUUUAUUUUUUUUGUAGUAGUAAUGUCCUAUGAAUGUAUCUUAAAAUGUGUGCCCUUUUAUAUUAUUUAUGCCUUAAAAUUUCCCUCCUCCUUCCUCCCCCUCGGUAGGAAGCAACCUAGUUUUGCGUAGUUCUCAAUCAUCUGAGAGUGUGGCAUCAUUCCAUGUUUCUGAGAACCUCAGUGACCAUAAGAGCUCCUCCUGCAAGGAUCCAGCCUAUUGGCCAGUUCGGCUAAGAGGGAACUGAAGUUUUCAGAUGGAAAGCUGUCUUUUGGUGUAUUGUGUUAUCAGACUUUCUGAGAACAUUUGAAGUCACGCUUGGUUGUAACUUAGCGUUUGUAAUAGCAGGUGUCUUAUGAAUUUGAGUGCCUUCCACAGAAGUGAUAGGUGAGCUCUUGGCUUUCUGUCUUCACACGGGCACAAAUAAUGUUCAGUUUUCUAGGCACUAGUCACAGACGGUGUCAUGAUCAUGGUUGAGGUUAAGGUCUGUGGAGUAUGUAGACAGGGGAUCAAAGCUAGAGAGAAAAAGAUAGCCCUCUGGUCCCACUGCAUCAAAAUUGGGUUGGCUUAUUAAAUUGUCACUAUAGGGCUCAUUUUGACUGUUUCUAAGAGUAGGAACAAAAUGAGUUUAAAGUGGAAAGAAAGUAGACUUGGAAAGAAAGACCCCCAUUGUGCUCCCGGUGUCACACCACCUGAAAAUGACUAUUUUUCAAGCUU